AUGCAUGGUGGAUAUUAUGGGGCCAAGGGGAAAGGAGCUCUUCAUGCCAUGGGGUUCGGCUUAGAGUUUGGGUCUUUCUGGCAUGGAGCCACCGUGAGGCCCUGUGAUGUGUGUGUGUGUUGGCCAUGGCAGACAGAUUAGAUUAAGAGUAGAGCCAACAUUCAGACUUCGGUGCCAAUGUCUGCCAUGGGUCUGUCUCUCUCUCUGCGGUGUGAAUAUGGGGGAUUCAUGGAGAUAGUUUCAAUGAGACACUUAGCUUGUGGAGAAAGGGCUUUGAAGUCCUAUGGAAAAGAUAAGCAGAUUGUUGUUGUUUAUUUGUUAUGUAUGCACUGAAACUGUAAUCACUGGUCAGCUGUGCAGGUGAGGUGCGGAUGAUGGCAGGCUUAAUGGUCAUAUAAAUAGAACAAUCCUUGGGUAAUGCGAACACACUCUCGAAUGUACGCCACUACCAAGUCUGCUGCUUCUGUUUUGGUGGCUGAUGUUCUCUCAUCUCUCAAGGUAAACGUAAGUUUGUGCCAUUCAUCCUAUAGCAUGUUCCCAUCACAUGUUGUAGCUUUGCUCUCUGAUUGGUUUCUGGUAUGUAUUAAGUAAGUAAUUAAGCAUGUAUGUAGGCUACUAUGAAUGCUGGUAUGUAGGAUAUCUGUUUCUAUUGGCAACAACUGAUGACUGAUAUUGUGGUAUGAGAAAGGUGGUGUGUUUUGUAAUGUGUUUUGCUGUUGCAGUCUACUUUUCUAUGGAUUAUAUUUUGCUCAUACUGAAAUAGAGAUUAUUGUCAGUAGUACGAAAAAUCUUUCAUGUAGCAUUGAGUUGCUAUCAGGGUUGGAGUCAAUUCUAUUUUAAUUCCAGUCAAUUCAGAAAGUAAACCAAAUUCCAAUUCCAAAUGUUCCUUAUUGAAGAGCAUAGAAGAGAAUUGGAAUGUCAGUUUACUUCCUGAAUUGAUUGGAAUUGAAACAGAAUUGACCCCAACCCUGGUUGCUAUUUAGUUUACCAUGUAGGGUGCCAGCCACUAUUCAGUUACUUAAUUUUCAUUUUAGUGGAGAGAGACAGAUUAUUUAUUUUGUGAAGUUGAACAUAUUUUUUAAAAAUUAUAACCCUUCCCUAACAUUUGAACAAUAAGCAUAAAUAGUCUAUCUACCUAUUGAUUGUGCCCAUCAGUUGCCCUUUAUGACUUAGAAAUCCUUGGCUAUUUUCAUGAUGCCUUUGAAUGCUUAAGAUAAUUGCACCCCCUUGUGGCAGAUGACAGAAUCACCACGUCACGUCAGGUGUCUAUUAAAAUCCUCUUAUCUGUGAAGAUCAGACAAGAUCAAGCAUUCUAGAGGAAUCAAUGACUUCCAGGAAGGUUACAUAAGAAGUCAUCACUCUAAAGCCCAAUUCAAAGUCCACAGCCAUAGAGCCACGAUAAUCAGGUGGCCCAUUGUGACAUACCUACAGGCCAGUCAAGAGAGCACAUUUUUCUGCAUUGAUCUUAUUUCAUGUAAUAAUAUUUAACCAAUUGGUUGUGUUUCAGAGCUGCACCUGUAAGAGUAAGCCAGUGAAGAUGAGAGCACUGCUGAUUCUCACCCUCUACGUGUCAUCUCUUGGGGUCCUGCAUUGUGGCCCCGACCCCUCUCCCACAGAACUGAGUGAGGAUGUUCUCCAGGGUGAGACCUCUUUUGGAAUGUACUAUACCACAUGCAACUUUCAUCACCUUUAUCUAACAUAUGACAUUUAGCAAACCCUUUUAUCCAAAGUGACUUACAAUAGUGCAUGCAAAACAUUUCAUAUUCCUCGAACCCACAACCCUGGCAUUGCAAGGAACAUACUUUACCAACUGAGCCACACAGGACUAGCUGUGUCACAUAAUGGCAAUAAAAUAAAAUAAAAUAGUAUUUGUCAAUGCUCUGAAUACAACAGGUGUACCGUGAAAUGGUUACUUACAAGCCCUUAACCAACAAUGCAGUUCAAGAAAUAGAGUUAAGAAAAUAUUUACUAAAUAAACUAAAGUAAAAAAUAAUCUCGAUGGUGCAGCUGUAGAACUUUUUGAAGAUCUGGGGACCCAUGCCAAAUCUUCUGAGGGGGAAAAGGCGUUGUCGUUCCCUCUUCACGACUUUCUUGGUGUGUUUGGACCAUGAUAGUUUGUUGGUGAUGUGGACACCAAGGAACUUGAAACUCUCGACCCGCUCAACUACAGCCCCGUCAAUGUGAAUGGGGGCAUAUUCGGCCCUCCUUUUCCUAUAGUCCACGAUCAUCUCCUUUGUCUUGCACACGUUGAGGGAGAGGUUGUUGUCCUGGCAGGUUGCUGACCUCCUCCCUAUAGGCUGACUCAUCGUUGUCUGUGAUCAGGCCUCCCACCGUUGUGUCAUCAGAAAACUUAAUGAUGGUGUUGGAGUCGUGCUUGGCCACGCAGUCGUGGGUGAACAGGGAGUACAGGAGGGGACUAAGCACGCACCCCUGAGGGGCCCCCGAGUUGAGGAUCAGCGUGGCAGAUGUGUUGUUGCCUACCCUUACCACCUGGGGGCGGCCCGUCAGGAAGUCCAGGAUCCAGUUGCAGAGGUUGGUGUUUAGUCCCAGGGUCCUUAGCUUAGUGAUGAGCUUUGUGGGAACAAUGGUAUUGAACUAUGAGCUGUAGUCAAUGAACAGCAUUCUCACAUAGGUGUUCCUUUUGUCCAGGUGGGAAAGGGCAGUGUGGAGUGCGAUUGAGAUUGCGUCAUCUGUGGAUCUGUUGGGACGGUAUGCGAAUUGUAGUGGGUCUAGGGUUUCCAUGAAGAUGGUGUUGAUGUGAGCCAUGACCUGCUUUUCAAAGCACUUCAUGGCUACGUGAGUGCUACGGGGUGGUAGUCAUUUAGGCAGGUUACCUUCGCUUUCUUGGGCGCAGGGACUAUGGUGGUCUGCUUGAAACAUGUAGGUAUUACAGCCUCGGUCAGGGAGAGGUUGAAAAUGUCAGUGAAGACACUUGACAGUUGGUCCGCUCAUAUUCUGAGUACAUGUCCUGGUAAUCCGUCUGGCCUAUAUCCAGAUGUUUUCUCUGUUGAUUCUGGGUCCAGGGUUGUCGAGGGAUGGUGAGCGUUAUGUUGACGAGGAGAUGAAGAGAGCCUUGUUUGGGGUGAAGCGGAUGAAGGAGGUGAUGGAGAAGAACCAAGAGAAGCAUGAACAUCUCAUGAAGACCCUCAAAGAAAGUAGCAACAAGAGGAAGGUAAGCCAUUUUACAGACAAAGCAUUGCACAUAAAAUCAUCAUACUGUAACAUAUACAGUGCAUUCGGAAAGUAUUCAGACCCCUUGACUUUUUCCACAUUUUGUUACGUUACAACCUUAUUCUAAAAUUGAUUAAAUUGUUUUUUCCCCUCAUCAAUCUACACACAAUACCCCAUAAUGACAAAGCAAAAGCAGGUUUUUAGAUUUUUUUUGCUAAAAUUAAAAAUAGAAAUAGCACAUUUACAUAAGUAUUCAGACGCUUUACUCAGUAGUUUGUUGAAGCACCUUUGGCAGUGAUAACAUCCUCGAGUCUUCUUGGGUAUGACGAUACAAGCUUGGCACACCUGUAUUUGGGGAGUUUCUACCAUUCUUCUCUGCAGAUCCUCUCAAGCUCUGUCAGCUUGGAUGGGAAGCAUCGCUGCACAGCUAUUUUCAAGUCUCUCCAGAGAUGUUCGAUCAGGUUCAAGUCCAGGCUCUGGCUGGGCCACUAAAGGACAUUCAGAGACUUGUCCCGAAGCCACUCCUGUGUUGUCUUGGCUGUGUGCUUAGGGUCGUUGUCCUGUUGGAAGGUGAACCUUCACCCCAGUCUGAGGUCCUAAGCGCUCUGGAGCAGGUUUUCAUCAAGGAUCUCUCUGUACUUUGCUCUGUUCAUCUUUCCCUCGAUCCUGACUAGUCUCCCAGUCCCUGCCGCUGAAAAACAUCCCCACAACAUGAUGCUGCCACCACCAUGCUUCACCGUAGGGAUGGUGCCAGGUUUCCUACAGACGUGACGCUUGGCAUUCAGGCCAAAUAAUUCAAUCUUGGUUUCAUCAGACCAGAGAAUCUUGUUUCUCAUGGUCUGAGAGUCUUUAGGUGCCUUUUGGCAAACUCCAAGCGGGCUUUCAUGUGCUUUUACUGAUGAGUGGCUUCCGUCUGGCCACUCUACCAUAAAGGCCUGAUUGGUGGAGUGCUGCAGAGAUGGUUGUCCUUCUGGAAGGUUAUCCCAUAUCCACAGAGGAACUCUGGAGCUCUGUCAGAGUGACCAUUGGGUUCUUGGUCACCUCCCUGACUAAGGCCCUUCUCCCCCAAUUGCUCAGUUUGGCCGGGCGGCCAGCUCUAGGAAGAGUCUUGGUGGUUCCAAACUUCUUCCAAUUAAGAAUGAUGGAGGCCACUGUGUUCUUGGGGACCUUCAAUGCUGCAGAUCUGACUUAGCAGACAGUGAGUUGUGGAUGUGGACCUAAGGAGGGCGUAGAGUACAAUUUUGAAAAACCAGUUUUUCCUUUGUCAUUAUGGGGUAUUGUGUGUAGAUUGAUGAGGGCAAAAAACUAUUUCAUCCAAUUUUAGAAUAAGGCUGUAAUGUAACAAAAUGUGGAAAAAGUAUUUCCAAAUGCACUGUAUAAGGUACCACGAUAAUAACAAAUCACAGAUUAUUAUCUGCAUAUGAUUUAGGCAGUGAAAGAUAGCACUUGGUUGAACACACCACAGCAUUUAAGGCACGAGCAAAUUUGAGUUAAUGUAACUCUAUUAAGCACAUGUACAAAUAUGUAAGUUAUGCUCUUCCCCAAAGAUAAGAAUGUCCUCCUAAUGAAUAAAUAACGUCAUAUCUGUAUAUAUCAUCAAUAAAAUAAACCCCACUGUAAGAAAUUAAUCCACAGUGAAAGAUUUGAGUUCAAUACAGCAUUAAUCAUCCUGAAUCUAAUGGCCUGCGUCCCAAAUGGCACCCUAUUCCCUAUAUAUUGCAUAGGGAUUAGGGUACCAUUUGGGAUGCAGUCAGGCUGUAUGCUUCGCACACCAACACCCGCUCACCGUCUUCUACAUACACAGACACGCAUCACAUAUUUUCUGCCUCAUAGAAAAAGGCUCAUAUAGAGACCACAAAGCAGACAGUGAGUUGGGGAUGUGGACCUCAGGAGGGCGUAGAGUACAGCCCAGUCAGGAUUAAUGGGCUGACUGUAGAUUUAUGUCUGUGUUCUGCAUUCGUUCAGAAGGGAGGGUACUGUGAGCCAGGGCCUAGGAGGACAGCUGAGCUGAAGGGGCCCCAAAACCACAUCCUCCUCUUUCUCUCCUCGUUGACCACACAUUCACCCUACACACUGACGUAGAUUAGUACAGAGGUAACCAGGAAGAAAUGGAGAGGGUACAAGGACCAUCUGGCAUGGUUAUAUUAAAAUGCAGCACAAUAAUUGUUCAUAGUUAUGAUCAUUUAAAUGUGGUUCCAUUAAAGUCAGUUCAGUUGAUCUUGCCUGUUAAUACCUCUAAAGAACACCCCAGUUUGUUAUUGAAUUUCCAAUUUUGGCUGCAUUUUAGUUUCCAAUAUGGUCUAUUCCAGAGUGAAGUUUCCUCUAGGUACAGAUCUAGGAUCAGCUUCUCCUCUCCCAAGCCUAACCUUAACCAUUAGUGGGGGAAAUGCAAAACGGACCCGAGAUCAGCAUCUAAGGGCAACUUCACCUUACUCCUUAUUUUCCCUAAGGGGGCAGUGCAACUGGCCACAGAGGCAGAGCUAAAGCUUCAGAAGGCGGAAGAGCAGUGCCGUGAAUCGCUAAGGACAUCAUUUAUGGAGUGUCGACCCUGCCUAGAAGACACCUGUAAGACGUUUUACACCUCCACCUGCCGAAGAGGCUUCUCCUCCUUCUCUUUCAAAGUAAGGCCUUUAUCUCUGCCUUCAAGGCCCCUUACACAUCCACGGCUGCAUCGCCCCAUGUCUUAUCAAGUAAGCCCAAGAUUGGUACAAAUUCAGCUCCAUUUAGGUAUUUGGUUCUCUUCUGCUCACAGGUGGAGGAGUUCUUCAGGAAGUUAUCCUCCCAACUGGAAACUCCAGACCAGGUCGUCAAUCAGAACCGAGAUAACCUGAACCAGACCCAGAACUCAGAGGAUCCAGAUCCAGAUCUGGAGCUGGUGCGACUGAAUGCCACCUUCAGUCAGAUGCAAGGGAAAAUUAGCUCCCUGCACAACCGGAGCACAGAGCUGGUCAACAAGAUGCACCAAGAGUUUGGCCAUGGCUUUUGGGUGGCCUUCACCACUAAGCUGAAGCCCAAGCCCCUCUCCCCCACACAGGAGUCCCCUAAUGGGGGCUUCUUCAUGGGCAUGGGCCGCCUGGGCAGCAUGGGCCUAGAUGAUGUGCUGGAGGAAGUGUAUGACUUUGGCCGGGCGGUAGUGGAGGACUUCAGCGAUGCGAUGACAGACGUCUUGGACGAGAUGCAGGAGGCUGUAGAUGAGGAGUCUUGGCAGCAGAGAGGUAUCCAAUGAUAAUAGCCAUUCGAUACACAUUCAGACUACUGGUAAAUUUGACCGUUAUCAGAUUUGUCAGGAAAUACAGUAUCUAUUUCAUAUACCAUUAUAUAAUGUUGAGAUUUCUAGAUCUAAAUACUAUAGUCAAAGAUUGUAUAGUAUGAAGAUGCCUAGAAACUGCUCCUCCAAUAGAUAUCCCAGAUCACGCUUGUAGGCAAUGUCAUGGCGACGUUGGUUAGCUAAGCUCAUGCGCAGAAACACGUAAUUGGGUCUAACGGUAAUUCUCGCACCGAACUGCUCAUGUGCAGGCCGUCAAAUCAGAGGCACUCCUUCAUCCCUUUCACGAAGUUGGAGUAAUAACAUGUUCAGCUACUUAAGACAUUGACUCGAAUCUAGGUUGUGCCUUUAGAUUUAGAGAAAAAUAACAACUAAGGAAACAUUUCUCAAUUCUCCCAUUGACUUCCCAAACCCCAAACCCCUGUUUGGUCUGUCGAGUCUGCUUCGCGAAGCGUUCCCAGAAGUAUUUCAAUGUUGGGCCUCUGGGUUUAGAAACUCUGUGCUAUCGUUAUCACAUUGUUGUGUCUCUCUAAUCUGAUACCUCUCUGAUUAUGUUGCCCUGUGUGCUGUGCCCCUUUCCAAAGACACAGAGUCAUUCCCUAGCUGGAGCUGGGUCCCAGUCCCAUUCCCAGACAUGUAUCUCUGCAGACAGCUCCGCAGGCAGGCAGCAGACUGCUGGCAGCUGCAGAGACUGUGUGAGUCCUGUCAGGACACUUUGGUGAAAGGUAAAUAUUGAUGAUCAUUAUGGAACUCUCAUUUAAUCAAAAUGUGUCCUGUCCUAGUGGAACACAGGGUUCAAAUUACACAUUGUGCCCCUUGGCGAUUCCCAUGAAAUGGUAUUCUACAGUCUAGAUUCUAGACUGUUAUCUUAAGUGUUUGAACCAUGCCUGUGUAACAGAGCUGGUCUCAAUUUGCAAAUCACUAGCUUUUCUAGUGUAAUUAGCUAAGACAGGGACAGGUAAGGAAGCUAUACUGUUAAGCAAGCACAGUGACGCCUGUUAUAGGGGAGAAUGGGGUAAGUUGAGCAAAAGGGAUAAGUUGAACCACCGUUGUUUCGAGGAAACCAUACACAAAAUUAAUAAUUUGACCAAAUAUUUAGGAAGAGGUUGUCAUUUCAUGGAGUUUGUGAAGGAAGAAACCACAUGGAAAAAGUGGUAGCAAGUUAGGUCCAAAAACUGAUUUUCACCAAGUCUAAUUACUUAAUUGUGUUAGAGGUUUCAUGAUGCUUGUAUCUAAACCAAAGUAGAUAAUUUAAAGAUUGUUCUAUAGAUCAGUUGGGGUCUCUAGAAACUUAAACAUGAGGUCCUAAACCUAGCAUGAAACUGCAUCCUUGUAACUGUGUGGGCUAAUAUAGUCAAAAUGUUUGCCUUGGGGUAAGUUGAGUCAAUGGCCAUGGGGUAAGUUGAGCCAAUGGCAAGUUGAGCAAAUUGAAGUGUUUUCUUCCCAGGUGUAAUGCAAGGCACUAUUGCUGGGACAUGAGGUAACAACAGGACAUGGCCUAAGUUAAAAGUGUUUUUAAAAAGUGCAAAGUGUUUGCUAGGCGUUAAACCUGUGUUAAAAGCUGAUUAAAAUGAUUAAAAGACAAAAAGGCUUUUUCUAAAUUUUUUGCUAUUUUUUUACAUUGUAGAAUAAUAGUGAAGACAUCAAAACUAUGACAUAACACAUAUUGAAUCAUGUAGUAACCAAAAAAGUGUUAAACAAAUCAAAAUAUAUUUUAUAUUUGAGAUUCUUCAAAUAGCCACCCUUUGCCUUGAUGACAGCUUUGCCCACUCUUGGCAUUCUCUCAACCAGCUUCAUGAGGUAGUCACUUGGAAUGCAUUUCAAUUAACAGGUGUGCCUUCUUAAAAGUUAAUUUGUGGAAUUUCUUUCCUUCUUAAUGCGUUUGAGCCAAUCAGUUGUGUUGUGACAAGGUAGGGGAGGUAUACAGAAGAUAGCCCUAUUUGGUCAAAGACUGUCACGAUCGUCUAAGGAGGAGGACCAAUGCGCAGCGUUGAAGGUGAACAUAUUUAUUUAGCGAAUGAUCACACGAUCAAAACAACAGACGAUAACGUGAUGUCUACGGUUGAACACAAACCAAAUAAGAACAAGAAACCACAAACACAAAGGGAAAGACAGACAGUUUAAAUAUGGCUCCCAAUCAGAGACAACCAGCUGACACUCGUUGCCUCUGAUUGGGAGUCACUCAGGCCAACAUAGAAAUACAAACUAGAACUCCCAACAUAGCAAUAGAAUACAUAGAAUUACACACCCUGGCUCAACAUAACAGUGUCCCCAGAGCCAGGGCGUGACAGGCGGACUCCGACCGCGCCAACUAAAUACCACAGGGGAGGGACCGGGUGGGCACUCCGCCUUGGCGGCGGAUCCGGCUCCGGGCCUGAUCCCCACUCCCUCUCCAACCCCCCAAAGUACCCCUGGUCCGGUCUGGCCCCGCUGGCCGGAGCUGGACUGCACACUGAUGGAGCGGAUUGCUCUAGCUCCGGCGUAACGCAUCUGACCGGUGCCGGACCAGGCACCAGUGGAACAGGCACGGGCCGUGCCGGACCGACGACGCACACCACUGGCUUGGUGUGGGGAGCAGGAGCGGGCCGGACAGGGCUGACGAAACGCACCACUGACUUGGUGCGGGGAGCAGGAACGGGCCGGACAGGGCUGACGAAACGCACCACUGACUUGGUGCGGGGAGCAGGAACAGGCCGGGCCGAGCUGGCGACACGCACCGUAGACUUGGUGCGGGGAGCAGGAACGGGCCGAGCCGGGCUGACGAAGCGCACCACUGACUUGGUGCGUGGAGCAGGAACGGGCCGAGCUGGGCUGACGAAACGCACCACUGACUUGGUGCGGGGAGCAGGAGCGGGCCGGACCGGGCUGACGAAGCGCACCACUGACUUGGUGCGGGGAGCAGGAACGGGCCGUGCCGGGCUGACGAAGCGCACCACUGACUUGGUGCGGGGAGCAGGAACGGGCCGUGCCGGGCUGACGAAGCGCACCACUGACUUGGUGCGAGUGGCAGGAACAGGCCGGACCGUACUGGGAACACACACCACUGGCCCUACGUGGGGAUCAGGAACAGGCCGGACCGGACUGGCAACACACGCCAGUACCUCUCGCCGUGCCUCUACAUCCACCAUCCCCUCUUCGACCAGUGGCCCCCGUAACCUGGCGGCCUCCUCUGGCAACCCGCUGGGCCGCUCUAUCGCGGCCUCCUGCUGCCCCGACGUCGUGAGCCCCCCCCUAAAAAUUUUCUGGGAGUCUCUCUUCCCCGUGGGCCAGGCCUCUAUAUUUCUCGCCCAACUCUCGCUCUUCUGCUUCCAAUCUCCGCCAUUCAGCUCCUCAUUCGGCUUGACCCAGUCGAAGCUCUUCCUCCACUGUUCCCAAGUCCACCCUCUCUGCUCCUCACUAGGCUGCUUGGUCCAGUUCUGGUGGUUUCUUCUGUCACGAUCGUCUAAGGAGGAGGACCAAUGCGCAGCGUUGAAGGUGAACAUAUUUAUUUAGCGAAUGAUCACACGAUCAAAACAACAGACGAUAACGUGAUGUCUACGGUUGAACACAAACCAAAUAAGAACAAGAAACCACAAACACAAAGGGAAAGACAGACAGUUUAAAUAUGGCUCCCAAUCAGAGACAACCAGCUGACACUCGUUGCCUCUGAUUGGGAGUCACUCAGGCCAACAUAGAAAUACAAACUAGAACUCCCAACAUAGCAAUAGAAUACAUAGAAUUACACACCCUGGCUCAACAUAACAGUGACCCCAGAGCCAGGGCGUGACAAAGACAAUGUAGAAAAUAGUAAAAAUAAAGAAAAACCCUUGAAUGAGUAGGUGUGUCCAAACUUUUGACUGGUACAGUUUAUGUAGACAUCUUUGCUAGAAAUAAUAUUAUAUUUCCCUUGACGUAGUGAUGCUGAAUGUAAAAAAUGUCUCAAUUUACCCCACUCUCCCCUAUCUGUAUCAUGUUCCCCCAGAGUGUCCCAGUGUUAGGGAGCUGCACUCUGCGCUGGAGGAGACCUACCUGCUGCUCAACGCGUCUCGUCUGCAGUAUGAGGAGAUGCUGCAGGUGGUCCAGAAACACACGGAUGACACACACACCUGGCUCAACAACAUGGAGGCCAAGUAUGGCUGGGUGACACAGCUCACCAAUGGCACCCUGGGUCCUCAGAACAUCUUUGGUGUGAGCGCGGUUAGUUCACAGUACACACGUAAAUGUUUGUCCAUAUGUACCUCUGAUGAUGAUGAUGUUGUUGAUGAUGAUUUCAGCCCUUUAGAAAAAAACUAAUAUUAUUCUCAUGAUUACAGUGUUGUUAUAUGUUUUCAGGUGGCUCUACAGGUGAGGGAUAACAGGUUUAAAGGUGACACCAGAGUGGUGUUGAACAUCCUGGACUCUCCUUUAUUAACCCUCUCCGUCCCAGCAGAGCUAGAGGUGCAGGACUCUGCCUUCAUUCAGUAUGUGGCCCAAGAGGCCCUUGCCCACUACAAACAGUCAAAGGUAAGUAUAAAGCCCACAGCUAGGCAAAACGUACAUGCCAUGAUUACAGUAUCCAGACAAUUCCUUAUGAUUUAAAUGUUUCAUACAGUAUGCUAUAGGCCCAAGCUAGUUAUAAAUGCCAAAGUAAUGGGUUGUAUCCUGCAUUGUUUCUGAUCCUUUCACAGAUAUGAAGUAAUUUGAAGAUUUUGCAAGCUGUGCUAUUUAUAAGCCUCAAUUUGCCAUCGUGUGUCUACCAGUUCCUUGGAAUAGAGCAUUAUGUUUAAGGUUGUAUGCAACAUUUGGUCGAGCUAUGAGCUAUACUCUUUACGCUAAGUGAUGGAAUUAAAAAAUAAAUGUGACCAUACAGGUUGCUUACUUUUAAAUUUGACUGAUUAUUAAACUGUGAUUGUGAACAAUUCCAUGGUUCAUUUUUAUUUUUGUUCAUACAUCAUUCGUUUCUGAUAAAUAAAAUGCACAAAGUUCUUUUUCCUAAAAAAAAAAGGAUUUGAAUGUAUGAAUUUCGCAGCAAAUAGAGAGGCAGGGAUUACAUUUUGCGCGUUUUUUCCAAUCUCCCAUUGGUCCAGUUUUAAAACCAAGAAACGCUCUUGCCCUCCUCUUUUACUUGAUUGGAGAUAUCUUCUAUGUAGGCGUGUCUUCGAGAGCAACCAAACUUAAACCGGGAAAUGUUAAGUUUGACGCAAGAGUAGAACAAAAUUAACCAGUGCUGCCAUUGCAUCAAUUGGGUCAGUAUUUUUGUUAAACUAACCAACAAAAUGCCUGCUACUUCUGACAUACACACAGCGGCACCUUGUAACAACGAAGAGCCAAAGAAAGCAGAUAGUCAGGUGGGACAAAGUUCGUUCUCUCUCUUUUGUGAUGAACUCGGGUAUCUGAAUCAAUGUGAAUACAUUUUGCAACACGGACAUCGAAAGGGAGACCGAACAGGAACGGGGGUCAUCUCUGUUUUCGGAUCACAAGCGAGAUACAGUCUCCGGGGUAAGUCAAUUUAGCAAAUGUUCAGUAUGUGUUGGAAGUUGUGUGUUAAAACAAGUCAAUGCACGAUUAAAACAGACAUGUAAUUUUUCCGCCAAGCCGGGAAUUGCAUGCAACAAAAGCACUACCUAACUAAGUUCAACGUUACCUCCUGACCUGGCUUGGCAUGGAACCUCUGUUCAAAUGACUAGCUAUUUUUCGUUGUUUAUCAUUCCAGAUCAGUUUCCUUUGCUGACGACGAAAAGGGUUUUCUGGAAAGGAAUUCUCGAAGAACUACUGUGGUUUAUCAAAGUAAGAAUGAAGCCUGUCCUCCGAAAUAAUGCACCAGUGACCACGUUUACAUGCACACCAAUAUCCCGUUAUUAUUCGGAAUACUCAAGUAUUCUGUUUUUGAGUUGACGCAUAUAAACAUCAUAUCCCCUUUACAAUAACCCGGAAAAGGUUGUAUCCCGGUUAUUUGAAACCAGGAUAAGAUGCAUAGGAAAUGCUGAUCUUAGACGGGAUACUGUGGCAUGUAAACAUCUUAUCCCGUUAACUGUUGUUUUUCGCGGUCUGUGUAGGAUGUUGCGUAUAUCAUGCAAUCAUCACACAUCACCAUAGGCUGCCAACACCCAUGAUUCAAACGUCAACGCACAACACCAUAGACUGCACAACACCAAUGAUCCAUGGGAUUUGUCAACUAUAUAGUUAGAUACAUGCAGAUUCUCUUCUCAUAACGUGUUGCCCUAGAAUAAUAAAUAAAGUAGUGCUCACCAAAAUAAUGUCAUGCAUCGAUAGAAUGAAUGCAUUCAUCUAGUUAACACCGGUAAAGUUGUGUUUCGUUUAGGGGACCGGGAGAAAACGCAAUAACUCCAAAACAGUGGAAAGAUUGGACCUGUGCAUAAUGUCCAAUUCCAUCAGUUUGACCGGUUUUAAGGAAAUGAAAAGCAGAGAAAAUGAUGAAACACGUUUCUGAUAAGACUUCAGUUCGUCUGGGGCGCAUAUUUUAUGUGGUUGAAAUACUGUCUGCUUGCUUAAGUGUCAAAGAUGACACUUUACAUGACCUUUAGCAUUUUCUCGAGAUGCUGAAAUAAAUAAAUCAUAUUUCUCCACUCCUGUUGCCGAGAAAAAAUGAAUAUUUGUUGUAUCUUUUUACUGCAAGAAAUGCACAAUUCUGCAGGAGUUAAUAUUGUAUUACCCUACAUGUGAUAGGUUAUAGGCCUACAAUCAGUGUCCAUACUUCAGUUACUAUUCCAUUUAACCCAUAUGAACUAAAAUUAGGAAUAUUCUGUUUAUUCACGGAUAUAGGGACACUCAAACGGGAUAUCAAAUAUUAACAGAUAUCACGGAAUAAGAUCUUAAGCGGGAUAUGAGUUACUAUCCGGAAUACUGAACGCAUGUAAACGUGGUCACUGGUACAAUGCUUUGAAUUGUAUGUGCCUGCCAGUGCCUAUACACACUUGCAUACUAUUUCCACUAGAUGGCGCGCCAUACCAAUAUAUUGGGCAGAGAAGUUGACAGGUCUUGUUCUGUGUGUUUGCUGUAGGGCUCAACAAAUGCCAAGGAGCUCUCAGAGAAAGGGGUGAAGAUCUGGGAUGCAAAUGGUUCUAGACAGUACCUGGACAAAAUGGGGUUCACAGACCGGGAGGAGGGAGACUUGGGACCCGUGUAUGGUUUCCAGUGGAGGCACUAUGGUGCAGAAUACAGCAAUAUGCACAAAGGUACAUCACCCUGACACUGAUAUGGUGUUGUAGGAUUAUGUUGAGUGUUUCACUCCAACUAAUUUAACUGUAGUGCUUAAUUCUGUUGGAUAAUACUUCCCUUAUAGAUUACGCAGGACAAGGUGUGGACCAACUACAGAAAGUUAUUGACACUAUCAAGACUAAUCCAGAAGACAGGAGAAUCAUCAUGUGUGCAUGGAACCCCAAAGGUAUUUGACUAAAAUAUUCAAUUCUGAUUUCGUAUAGGCCUAGGUAUUACAUUUGUAGUAAUGAUUUCACUGUGUAUUCUACACUUAACAGUCAGUGUUGGUUUGUAUCGCUCACACCUGCUCCUGUGUUGUUCCCAGACCUGCCCCACAUGGCGCUGCCCCCCUGCCAUGCCCUGUGCCAGUUCUAUGUAAUUGACGGGGAGCUGUCGUGCCAGCUGUACCAGCGCUCGGGGGACAUGGGCUUGGGAGUGCCCUUCAACAUCGCCAGCUACGCCCUCCUCACCUACAUGAUCGCCCACAUCACAGGACUCAAGGUGGGGCAGACAUUGGUUUAAACUCCCUACUCUCAACACCUCCCUUCCUUUGACUCAAAGAAAGGAUGAUAUUUUAAGUGUAAUAACCUUUGUAAUAACAGGUGUAGUAAAAUAAGGUAUUUCUUGCCUUUUUUCCCUUUAGCCUGGUGACUUUGUGCACACUCUGGGAGAUGCUCACAUCUACAGUAACCAUGUCGAACCCCUCAAAGUGCAGGUAGGUUCAUGACUGAUACAGCAACACGGGCAACUUUGACGUUGAGAUAUACACUGCGGCCAAUUUUAUGUGUGUGUGUGUGUGUAUGUAUGUAUGUAUACACAGUGGGGAGAACAAGUAUUUGAUACACUGCCGAUUUUGUACGUUUGCCCACUGACAAAUAAAUAAUCAGUCUAUAAUUUUAAUGGUAGGUUUAUUUGAAAAGUGAGAGACAGAAUAACAACAAAAAAAUCCAGAAAAACGCAUGUCAAAAAUGUUAUAAAUUAAUUUGCAUUUUAAUGAGGGAAAUAAGUAUUUUACCCCCUCUCAAUCAGAAAGAUUUCUGGCUCCCAGGUGUCUUUUUAUACAGGUAACAAGCUGAGAUUAGGAGCACACUCUUAAAGGGAGUGCUCCUAAUCUCAGCUUGUUACCUGUAUAAAAGACACCUGUCCGCAGAAGCAAUCAAUCAAUCAGAUUCCAAACUCUCCACCAUGGCCAAGACCAAAGAGCUCUCCAAGGAUGUCAGGGACAAGAUUGUAGACCUACACAAGGCUGGAAUGGGCUACAAAACCAUCGCCAAGCAGCUUGGUGAGAAGGUGACAACAGUUGGUGAGAUUAUUCGCAAAUGGAAGAAACACAAAAUAACUGUUAAUCUCCCUCGGCCUGGGGCUCCAUGCAAGAUCUCACCUCGUGGAGAUGCAAUGAUCAUGAGAACGAUGAGGAAUCAUCCCAGAACUACACGGGAGGAUCUUGUCAAUGAUCUCAAGGCAGCUGGGACCAUAGUCACCAAGAAAACAAUUGGUAACACACUACGCCGUGAACGACUGAAAUCCUGCAGCGCCCGCAAGGUCCCCCUGCUCAAGAAAGCACAUACAGGCCCGUCUGAAGUUUGCCAAUGAACAUCUGAAUGAUUCAGAGGAGAACUGGGUGAAAGUGUUGUAGUCAGAUGAGACCAAAAUCGAGCUCUUUGGCAUCAACUCAACUCGCCGUGUUUGGAGGAAUGCUGCCUAUGACCCCAAAAACACCACCCCCACCGUCAAACAUGGAGGUGGAAACAUUAUGCUUUGGGGAUGUUUUUCUGCUAAGGGGACAGGACAACUUCACUGCAUCAAAGGGACGAUGGACAGGGCCAUGUACCGUCAAAUCUUGGGUGAGAACCUCCUACCCUCAGCUAGGGCAUUGAAAAUGGUUCAUGGAUGGGUAUUGCAGCAUGACCCAAAACACACGGCCAAGGCAACAAAGGAGUGGCUCAAGAAGAAGCACAUUAAGGUCCUGGAGUGGCCUAGCCAGUCUCCAGACCUUAAUCACAUAGAAAAUCUGUGGAGGGAGCUGAAGGUUCGAGUUGCCAAACAUCAGCCUCAACCUUAAUGACUUGGAGAAGAUCUGCAAAGAGGAGUGGAACAAAAUCCCUCCUGAGAUGUGUGCAAACCUGGUGGCCAACUACAAGAAACAUCUGACCUCUGAUUGCCAACAAGGGUUUUGCCACCAAGUACUAAGUCAUGUUUUGCAGAGGGGUCAAAUACUUAUUUCCCUCAUUAAAAUGCAAAUCAAUUUUUGACAUGCGUUUUUCUGGAUUUUUGUUGUUAUUCUGUCUCUCACUGUUCAAGUAAACCUACCAUUACAAUUAUAGACUGAUCAUGUCUUUGUCAGUGGGCAAACGUACAAAAUCAGCAGGGGAUGAAAUACUUUUUUCCCUCACUGUAUAUAUAUUUGAGAAAUGUCCUUGUUUUCGAAAGAAAAGCAAUUUUCUUUUGUCCAUUAAAAUAACAUCAAAUUGAUCAGAAAUACAGUGUAGACAUUGUUCAUGUUGUAAAUGGCUAUUGUAGCUGGAAAUGGCUGAUUUUAUUAAUGGAAUAUCUAGAUAGGCGUACAAGAGGCCCAUUAUCAGCAACCAUCAGUCCUGUGUUCCAAUGGCACGUUGCGUUUGCUAAUCCAAGUUUAUCAUUUUAAAAGGCUAAUCAUUAGAAAACCCUUUUGCAAUUAUGUUAGCACAGCUGAAAACGUUGUGCUGAUUUUAAAGAAGCAAUAAAACUGGCCGCCUUGAGACUAGUUGAGUAUCUGGAGCAUCAGCAAUUGUGGGUUCAAUUACAGGCUCAAAAUGGCCAGAAACAAAUAACUUUCUUGUGAAACUCGUCAGUCUAUUCUUGUUCUGAGAAAUGAAGGCUAUUACAUGUGAGAAAUUGCCAAGAAACUGAAGAUCUCGUACAACGUUGUCUAACCAGAAUAGGAAGAGGAGUGGGAGGCCCCGGUGCACAGCUGAGCAAGAGGACAAAUACAUUAGUGUCUAGUUUAAGAAACAGAUGCCUCACAGGUCCUUAACUGGCAGCUUCAUUAAAUAGUACCUGCAAAACACAAGUCUCAACAUCAACAGUGAAGAGGUGGCUCCAGGAUGCUGAAUUUUAGGCAGAGUUGCAAAGAAAAAGCCAUAUCUCAGACUGGCCAAUAAAAAUAAAAGAUUAAGACGGGCAGUCUAAGAUAUGGCUUUUUCUUUGCAACUCUGCCUAGAAGGUCAGCAUCCUGGAGCUGCCUCAAAUUAGACACUCUAAUGUUAACUAAUGUUACUGUCCCCACUACAACAAAAACAUACUUAAAUACAUGUAAUUUUGUCCUUGAAACAUUUAAGUGAAAUGCUAUAGAAUUACCUUAAUUCCUAUGGAGGACUGCUCCUACUGGGGAGUGCCAAUAUGGCCGACCGGUGGCUUCAAAACUUCUCAAUAGCCAAUACAUACAGAAGCAUUAGCAAUCCAGGGUUUAUAUACAUAAUUGGCUACGGCCACACAGAUACAUGUAAACAUGGGCAUUCUUCAUUGUCUGUUUUUGACCAUCAACAAUUUUACAAUUUUCAGACAAGUUGCAGAAUGCACAAAGGCCUGCAUAUUGUGCAUUUGAUGUUGUCCUUCAACGGAUGACUCCCAUUUUAAAAACCAUUGACUCAAUCCAUCGUUUUCAGACACAUUGUCUGGCCGCAGCCUAAAUGUGAUGACUCUUCCCUUCCAGCUCCAGAGAGAGAUUCGGCCUUUCCCCAAGCUGAAGAUCCUCCGGACGGUUGAGAUAAUAGAUGACUUCCGUGCAGAAGACUUUGAGAUUGUUGACUACAAUCCCCACCCCACCAUCAAAAUGCAGAUGGCAGUUUAAAUGGGCUUCAAUUAACUAAUAUAUGGGUGGAGGUUGUCCUUUUUAAUUGAUUUAAAUAUUCAGGUACAGUGUCUACCUAUGCUGCCUUUGUUUAUUUUAUUUUUUUGAAUUUAUACAUUUAGUUGACUUGUUAAUUGGCACAGAGCCUUGGAAACAUGUUCCAUAUUAAACAAUUUAUUGCAACAUAACAUAGUAACAUCCCUUUUUAGAAAAAGGCUAAAUGGAAUCAACUCUUUAUUUUGUGCAAUGAUAACCAUUGAAAUGCCUAGAUGUGACAAGAUGAUUUUCUGUCAAGUAGUCUAACAAUGAGGGCUGGCACUUUCUGUGCUCAGUUGACAAAUCAAAUUUAACUGCCUCUUCUUCCUCAAAGUAGUGAUUAGAACCAAAGUUUCAAGAACUUUGUAGUGGGAAAUUAAAGGAGUACUUAAUGACUUGAAAUUGAUCAUGUGAUUGCACCAUAGACGGUAAUUAAUCUUUUAUGUCUUUAACAGUGAGUACAAGCGCAGUUUGGUCAGGGUAUUUGAGAUGCCAUCCUUCCUGAUGGGCCAGGGGUGCAUCUCAAUAAGCUAAAGUGGUUUUCAUCCUUGCUGAUAAGAUAUUGAGAUGUAUUCCCCAGCGCUUCGGGGUGAAGUUUCCACUGGAUACAGAUCUAGGAUCAGCUUACACUCCUCCAGUCAUUACCUUAAUCAUUAGUGGGGAAA